AAAGAGAAGAUAUGGUAGAUUACAUACAUACAAUUGGCUUAAAAAACCGGGGAAGAGAGAGAGGGAGAGGCGGUUUGUGUUGGACCCACGUGGGGCGUCGCCCAAUAGCCUACCACCUCUCCUAACGUGGCCUGUAUCUCACUCGUACGUGGCGGCUCCUAAUACCUCGACCGCAUGGCAGGACACGUGCCCCCUUCUCUACAUAUGCCGCCUGACUGACUUCCUAUAUGUCUAUUAUUAUUAUUAACUCUCUGUUGAAACUUAGUAGCCAGCCAAAAUUAUGGGAGAUGAAGGGAUGGUGAAGAUCGAGUUGGAAGCGGCGGAGGCUUUGGCCGGAUUAGCUCGUUGUAAGGACGAUGCUAAUAAUAAUUAUUCUUACGAGGAGGAGAAAUCAGGUGUGAAAGAUGAACAGAGCACUAAACUUAGACUGAAUGGGAGGAGAUCUAGACAAAACUUGACAGAGGCUGAAAUAGAAGCACGUAAAAUACGCAGGGUGCUAGCAAACCGAGAGUCAGCUAGACAGACAAUCCGUAGGAGACAGGCUGUUUUUGAGGAGCUAACAAGAAAGGCUGUAGAUUUAGCUUGGGAGAAUGAGAAUUUAAAAAGGGACAAGGACACGGCUUUGAAACAGUACGAUUCUCUGAAGACGAAGAACGAGUGCUUGAAAGCACAGAUGCCUAAGAAUGAAGAAACCCGAGAGGAGUCUUCCACAUCAUCCACAAAUUCUCCUUUCAUCAUUUACAAGCAACCAUCUUUCUUGCCAUUUGUAUGGCCAACGUCGGCUGGGAUCGUUUUCCCAUCUCGUUCUUCAUCGUGCGACUCCUCCGGGACUCCACUCUAUUUGCUCCCCUACCCUUGGCUUCUUACUCUACCUCAACAACAUAAACAAAACCACCACCCUCAUUCUUUUAAUUUAAAUGACAAACCAAAAGAGUCUUCUGAGCCUGAAAAGAGCACAGAGACCCAUGGAGGCGGCGGCGGUGGUCUGCAGCCAACAGAUUCUGUGAGUUGUGAAGAGCCACUUAUAGAACAUGACACUUGUACUUUCCUAAAACAUCAUCAUCCUAAUAAAGAAAAACAGGUUGUAGGAGGAGCAGAAACCCACCAAGUUCCAGGUAAAAGAUCAGCUGAUACGGCUGCAGCCUCUGAAGCCCGGAAGAGGAGAAAGCAGCUCACCCGACUAAAGAACCACUUCAAUUGCCGUCAACUGCGGAUGCAUUAAACAACGCCUGUACCUGUACAUAUUGUUUUCAUUUACAAGUGCUAGUAGUUCGGUCACCUUUGGGUUUCAGGGUUUGCUGGUAGACGUAUUUUCUCUCUCGAGGGUGACUGUAACACAAGAGUGAGUUAGUCAUUUUGAUUGUUGGCUUUUUACCUAUUCAUACCAAAAGUCGGUAGUCCCGACCAGUGGUUUUUAAGCCAUCAUGUUCCAAGUUUACUAAUAAGUGAUACCGAGUUCAAAUUACUUUCCAAA